AUGUCAGAUUCCGACAUAGAGACCAACAGCAACCACAGUAUCAGUAACACCUCAACCACAUCAACGACAAGCGUUCAUGUUUCAGCUCUCGACGGUAUAGUGAACGCAAAUUCUCUCUUCACGGUCGCAGUCUUUGUUGGACUCUCUUUUGACCAACCACGUGACCUCACUCUCACGGACCGUGCCGAGUGUAACGCGGGACUAGACGUGGAACGAUACCUAAUUGUGUUCGAAGUCAUCUCAUUUGCAUUUUUCCUCUUCUCCUCUCUCGUGGCUCAAGGGCUGAAGCUAACCAUCAACUUGUUGAACAGUAAAGAAACGGACGAGGUGUUUAAAGCAGAUAUUGAUUGUAAUCUGCUUCGUCUCGGUGUGGUUGGUGCAGCUGGUGGAUCUAUAAUGGGCUGUGUGUUCCUUUUGUUGUCAAUGGUUGAAGUUAUUCAGCUCCGUCUUGGGCUGCUCUCUUGUGGUAACUCAUUGGCGGUUCAUACCGUGUUGGCGCUUGUGGUCUUGGCCUCUUCUGCUCUCAGUGUUUAUAUCUUCACUGUGUUUUACUCUUUCAGGAAAUGA